GUGGAGCUGUUUUGAACCCUUUUCGGAAAUAAUGGAGGGGGAGAGGUUUGUGAGGGAAAAAAAUGAUUUUCGAUCCUUUCAUUGAAAUCGUUUCACUUGAGUGACUUGAAAUAACUGCCUAUAAACAUCGAGGCGGUGCAGCCGAGAUGUAUAUGAACCGCACUGCUGCUCCUGGGACCAGGCUUGCCCUCACCUCGCUGUUGUUUCCUUGAAUGUAAUUUUCAUUCGCCCCCCCAAAAAACUAUCGGACGAGAAUCAGGAUCUGAGUUUAAAAAAAUAAUCGUAACUCUGAUUGUAAGAGCGCUCGGCUGCCAUGAAUAGCUAUGGUCCUCCGUACUUGUACAUCCCCUCUGCAUCUCCCCGAGCACCGUCCCAGAGAACUCCCAAGUGCGCUCGGUGCCGGAACCACGGGGUGCUGUCCUGGCUGAAAGGCCACAAGCGUUACUGCCGCUUCAAAGACUGCACUUGCGACAAGUGCAUCCUCAUCCUGGAGAGACAGCGGGUCAUGGCCGCACAGGUGGCUCUCAGGAGGCAGCAGAGCAACGAGAAUCCUUGCAGUCUGGUUCUUCCCGAGGAUUACAGAGCUACAUACCCAGCUCCUCCCGAGAGACACGAGGACUUACCUCCUCCUCCGGGGGAGUCGACGGCAGCAGCAGCAGCAGACUCCCUGCAUCAGCAGCCAGAUGAUUAUGAUGAUGCAGAAGGAAAUGUGAAUGACAAGAAGCAAAUGAACAUGGUCAACGAUGAUAUAGAAGAGUUGGUUUCUCCAACAGACAUCCAAAAUAGCAAAGCAACAUCACCAUUGGCAGAGUCCAGCAAUGAUGCAGAGCGAAAAAAAGAAGACAGCGUGCAGCUUAAAGAUGCCGCCAGAUAUGAUUUCAAAGACAUCAAGAAGCUCUUAAAGUCUGAAAAUGUACUUAAGGACAUGUCUCCUGCAAGGGAAUCCAAAAGGCCUCCUAUUGAGGUUCUGACCAAAAUAUUUCCAAACCAGAAACAAUCUGUGUUAGAGCUGGUACUGAAAGGGUGCAAUGAUGACUUGGUUUCAGCAAUUGAAACCUUAUUGUCCAGCAAUGCUAGGAGAUGGGAAAGCCCCCAAAACAGCAACAAACCGCAGAAUUCCAAGGACAUAGCUGACUACAAUUCUAGUCACUACCCUUUAUCCCCUACAGCUUGGUCGCUGAGCUCGGCCUUUAGGUCCCCAUCUGAUCCAUUCCAGGUAUCUCCAAACAACCAUAGUAUUGUGGCAAGCUUGCCUAAUCUAAAUCAUACCGUUACACAACCCAGUCAUUAUCCAGUGCAAACCCUUUUCAGACCAACAUUGUCUGGAAAUCACCCCUUUGUUUCCAGUGAGUUUGCCCUAUGGAGCACAAUGACCUUUCAGCACCCUAGCCUGAGGCAACGAUUUACAUCUCUGGCUCACUCUACUAGUGCCCUAUUGGGGAGCUCAACAAUGGUCCUACCUGCCCCAAAGGAGACUUCCCAAAAAUCAUCUGUCUGCGAUGAAAAAGUGGCAGAAAAGUCUUUGAAGGCACUUGGUGAGAGGCAAGAAGGUAAAAACUAGCAACAUGAACGAGGCGGACUCAGUGAAUUUUCACUAUUUUGAUAGGACAUGCAAAAAAAAUCUCAUAGACAUAUUAAUAAGAUCAAUCCUAAAAUGGGUGUAGUAUGGUGGAUGUCCACACGCAGUAGCUGUAAUUAUCACUUGUAAAAGUCAAUGUGAAAAAUGUUCAUUAUAUUUGGAAUUUGAUCAAAUUAAAACACUAGAUUAUGGUAA